GGUUUUGGGUGCAGGCCUGGUGUGGUCUCCCAAGUGACUUAACAAUGCAGAAGGGCAGUGGCCCACUGGUGCCUUUACAUUAUCUUGGCUUUGGCUAUGCAGCCCUGGUUGCUACUGCUGGGAUUAUUGGCUAUGCAAAAGCAGAUACUACAUCCAGGACCCUGGCUGGCAUCAUGGGGAUGAGAUUCUACAACUCUGGAAAAUUUAUGCCAGCAGGUUUAAUUGCAGGUGCCAGUUUGCUGAUGGUUGCCAAGCUUGGAAUUAGCGUGUUGAGUUCUCCCCAUCUGUAG